AUGUCAUCAAUUGAGCUUUACCCCACCUCGCCGAAGCAUAUAUUGGCGCAAUUUAUCGGCAAGUCAAUUCGCGACGUGCCGACUCCUGCGGCUGUGAUCAAUGCUGCGGCUGUGAGGCGAAACUGUGAGCGCAUGCUUCACACCUGUGUCAAGCUCGGCCUCGAUUGGAGAGCUCACACGAUUGAAAUAACCGAAUUGCAAGUUGGAAACGAUGCGACAAGGCCUGUCAAUCUCAUUGUGUCCACCUUGGCCGAGGCCGAGUUUCUUCUGCCCAGGCUGAAGGAGUAUCAAAGCCAGGGAAGAAAAGUUCUAUACGGGCUUCCAAUCCCUCAGAAUGCCCUGUCGCGCUUGGCAGCAGUUGCUCAGGCCCUAGGGGAAGGCAGUGUGUCCGUUCUUCUCGACGAUCCCGCGCAAAUUCCCAUCGUUUCUAAAUUCCAAAGCCUGUCCGGCGUGGUUCCUCAUGCCCACAUCAAAAUCGACAUGGGGGGCAGACGAGCGGGCGUGGAGGCGCAAAGCACACGCUUCCUAGAACUCGCCGAUGCGGCAUUAGAGGCACAUGGCCAAGGCAAGAUUAGGCUUUCCGGCCUAUACUCCCAUGCCGGGCAGUCGUACGGGGGCGAUAGCCGUGCGGCAGCCAUCAAGAUGAUGAGGGCAGAACUCAGUGCCAUGCUUGAGGGAGCUGACCGGCUGACGUCGCGAGCCGCUGAAAGGUCGAUUGCAGGCUUGCCCCCCUUGGUUUUGUCUGCUGGGGCAUCACCGACAGCCUUGGCUGUUCAAAACUUGAUCACGACGGCUGAAGAAGGGCAAGACAAUGUCCCUAUCCAACUCAAGUCGGAAGUUGAAGCGCUUUCAGACCUGUUUGCCAGUGUCAGGAGUAAGGGGCAUCUUGUUGAGAUCCAUGCCGGCGUCUAUCCAAUCCUGGACCUGCAACAGCUGGCAGCUCACAGCAUUUCUGCCUCGAGACUGUCCUGGGGAGACAUGGCCCUGACGGUCCUGGCAGAAGUGCAUAGCAAUUACCCUGGGCGGGGGGCCAACGGAACACCCGAGGCUCUAAUCGGCGCGGGGGGCAUCGCGCUGGCUAGAGAGUCUUGCAAGGCGUAUGAGGGCAUGGCAAUGCUCAGUCCAUGGGGUCGAAAGGGCAUUGACUUGCCAACUUGCAACGUGGAGGACUUCCGAGGCUGGAUGGUUGGUCGUUUCUCCCAGGAGCACGGUAUUCUCACAUGGAGGUCGGGAAGUGCCAAGUCGGAGCCUGUCCAGCCAGACCAGGAGCUCCCCGGGGUUGGCGACAAGGUCCGGCUCUGGCCCAACCACGCUUGCAUCACCAGCAGCCACUUUGGCUGGUACUUUGUCGUGGACGAAGACGAGGCUGGCAAGGAAGAUGAGAUUGUCGAUAUCUGGGUUAGGUGUAGGGGUUGGUAA